UUAAAAAUUAUAAUAUUUGUUUUUGAUACGGAGGAUUUUGUUCUCAUCUUUUAUGUACUGAGGAUUUGGUAGACAAUUUGAUCCUCCACUAUUGGCAGAGAAAAACAGAGAACAAAAAAAAAGAGAAGAUGGACUUGGUUCAGAUGCAGAAGAGUUUGCAAGAUUACACUAAAUCACUCUUCUUGGAAGGGGUUUUGGAUAGCCAGUUCUUGCAGCUGCAACAACUACAAGAUGAAAGCAAUCCAGAUUUUGUUUCACAAGUUGUCACUCUCUUUUUCCAAGAUUCUGACAGGAUCCUUAAUGAUCUAUCACUUUCCCUAGAUCAACAAGUUGUAGACUUCAAAAAAGUCGAUCCUCAUGUUCAUCAACUCAAAGGUAGCAGCUCCAGUAUUGGAGCACAGAGAGUUAAGAACGCUUGUGUUGUCUUCCGCAACUUCUGCGAGCAACAAAACGUUGAAGCAUGUCAUAGAUGUUUGCAACAAGUGAAGCAAGAGUACUAUCUUGUGAAGAAUAGGCUAGAGACUCUGUUCAAGCUUGAGCAACAGAUUGUAGCCUCUGGUGGAAUGAUCCCAGCCAUGGAACUCGGAUUUUGAGUGGACUCAUCAUCACAUCAUCUUUUAUGGUUAUUACAGUUUGGAGUUCUAUUCGUCUUUUGUGUUACUAUCCAAAAAGAUUGUUCUUAUGUGAACUUCUUCCUUGUGUUGUUGGAUAAAUGAAACACCAAACAGUUUCUUAAUCCAUACCUAAAACCUACCUUUUGUAUCAUAAAUUACUAAUUAU